AUGCACCCCGGGGGCGGACCGGGCGAGAGGCUGGAGCCGGGCCUCGGCCGCGAGAGAAAGAGGGCAGUCUACCUGGGCCAGCGACCCGGCAAGGGCUGCGGGAAGACGCAGUGCCCACGCUGUGGCUAUGUCUGCAUCCGCAGGGAACCGUGGCCCCGCGAAUCUAUGUCUUCAGGCGGGGCCGGGUCAGACCCCGGUUCCCCCCCGGGAGGCUAGCAGAGGGCAGUGACCAGCACCCUAUGUGCGUUCUGGGCCCCUUUGUCCCAUAGGAGAGCCCAAGGGAUGGCUGCUGACAUGCAAAGGAAGAGAAGCAGCGAAUACCCGGAUGGCACCUUGGCUCCUUCUGAUGGGCAGAGUGUGGAGAGAGCUGAGAGCCCCACACCAGGACUGGCCCAGGGAAUGGAACCAGGUGCUGGGCAGGAAGGUGCCAUGUUCGUCCAUGCCCGUUCCUAUGAGGACCUGACUGAGUCUGAGGAUGGACAGGCAUCUGCGGAGAGCCCCAAGGAAGGUGCUGGUCCCCCACCACUUCCUGCAGAUAUGCGCCAGAUCAGCCAGGACUUCAGUGAGCUAAGCACCCAGCUAACGGGUGUGGCCCGUGACCUGCAGGAGGAGAUGCUGCCCGGAAGCUCUGAGGACUGGUCAGAGCCCCCGGGGGCAACUGGGCGAACAGCCACAGAGCCCCCCCGGGAGGGUGCAGCUGAGGGGGAUGAGGAGGAUGCUACCGAGGCAUGGCGCCUGCACCAGAAGCACGUCUUUGUGCUGAGCGAGGCGGGGAAGCCCGUGUAUUCCCGCUAUGGGUCAGAGGAGGCACUUUCCAGCACCAUGGGUGUCAUGGUGGCUCUAGUGUCCUUUCUGGAGGCAGACAAGAAUGCCAUACGCUCCAUCCAUGCAGAUGGCUACAAGGUGGUAUUCGUGCGCAGGAGCCCACUGGUGCUGGUAGCAGUGGCGCGCACGCGGCAGUCGGCUCAGGAGCUGGCUCAGGAGCUGCUCUACAUCUACUACCAGAUCCUGAGUCUUCUCACCGGUGCGCAACUGAACCACAUCUUCCAGCAGAAGCAGAACUAUGACCUGCGGCGCCUGCUUUCGGGCUCGGAGCGCAUCACUGACAACCUGCUACAGCUCAUGGCACGCGACCCUAGCUUCCUGAUGGGGGCGGCGCGCUGUCUGCCCUUGGCGGCAGCCGUGCGGGAUGUAGUGAGUGCCAGCUUGCAGCAGGCGCGGGUACGCAGCCUCGUGUUCUCCAUCCUAUUGGCGCGCAACCAGCUUGUGGCUCUUGUCCGCCGCAAGGACCAAUUCCUGCACCCCAUCGAUCUGCACUUACUCUUCAACCUCAUCAGUUCCUCCUCCUCUUUCCGCGAGGGUGAGGCCUGGACACCUGUGUGCCUCCCCAAAUUCAACGCUGCAGGCUUCUUCCAUGCACACAUCUCUUACCUGGAGCCUGAUACUGAUCUCUGCUUGCUACUAGUCUCCACCGACCGUGAGGACUUCUUUGCUGUCUCUGACUGCCGUCGCCGCUUUCAGGAGCGCCUGCGCAAGCGCGGUGCCCACCUGGCCCUGCGGGAGGCAUUGCGCACGCCUUACUACAGCGUGGCCCAAGUGGGCGUUCCAGACCUUCGGCACUUCCUCUAUAAGUCAAAGAGCUCGGGACUGUUUACCAGCCCUGAGAUUGAAGCCCCGUACACAAGUGAAGAAGAGCAAGAGCGGCUGCUGGGCCUCUACCAGUACUUGCACAGCCGUGCCCACAAUGCCUCCCGCCCACUCAAGACCAUCUACUACACAGGACCCAACGAGAACCUCCUGGCCUGGGUGACAGGAGCCUUUGAGCUCUACAUGUGCUACAGCCCCCUGGGGACCAAGGCGUCAGCCGUCAGUGCCAUCCAUAAGUUAAUGCGAUGGAUCCGCAAAGAGGAAGACCGCCUCUUCAUCCUCACGCCCCUCACCUACUGAUGGGAAUGUGUGUAGGCUCAGACUUCCCGGGCCCAUUGGGGCAUGGGAAGCCAUGGGAGCCUCCUGGUGGGGCUAACCUUUUCUUACCCAGCCAGCAGGCAGGGACUGUGGGUUGGUGUGUGCAUUAAAAUGCUUUGGGGAAGACA